GAGUCGCGCACGCGCGCCUGGGACUGCCGGCCCCUCUCUGUGACUUGGCUGUGUGUGUAUGUGUGUGUGAGGGUGUGUGUGUGUGAGUGUGUGCGCGCGCGCGCGUGUGUGAGAAGGGGAGAGGAGAGAGGGAGAAGAGAGCGCGAGAGAGGGUGAGUGUGUGUGAGUGCAUGGGAGGGUGCUGAAUAUUCCGAGACACUGGGACCACAGCGGCAGCUCCGCUGAAAACUGCAUUCAGCCAGUCCUCCGGACUUCUGGAGCGGGGACAGGGCGCAGGGCAUCAAAAGCCACCAGCAGGACCUGGGAAAUAGGGAUUGAUUCUUCUGCCUCCACUUCAGGGUUUAGCAGCUUGGUGCUAAAUUGCUGUCUCAAAAUGCAGAGGAUCUAAUUUGCUGAGGAAAACGGCCAAAGAAGGAAGAAAAGGAAAAGGAUUUUUUUUAAAAGGGGGUAUUUUGUGGAUGCUCUACUUUUCUUGGAAAUGCAAAAGAUUAUGCAUAUUUCUGUCCUCCUUUCUCCUGUUUUAUGGGGACUGAUUUUUGGUGUCUCUUCUAACAGCAUACAGAUAGGGGGCCUAUUUCCGAGGGGCGCAGAUCAAGAAUACAGUGCAUUUCGGGUAGGGAUGGUUCAGUUUUCCACUUCGGAGUUCAGACUGACACCCCACAUCGACAAUUUGGAGGUAGCCAACAGCUUCGCAGUCACCAAUGCUUUCUGCUCCCAGUUUUCAAGAGGAGUCUAUGCGAUUUUUGGAUUUUAUGACAAGAAGUCUGUAAACACUAUCACAUCCUUUUGUGGGACGCUCCAUGUCUCCUUCAUCACACCCAGCUUUCCAACAGAUGGCACGCAUCCAUUUGUCAUUCAGAUGCGACCUGACCUCAAAGGAGCACUCCUUAGCUUGAUUGAAUACUAUCAAUGGGACAAGUUUGCAUACCUCUAUGACAGUGACAGGGGCUUAUCAACCCUGCAAGCUGUGCUAGAUUCUGCUGCUGAAAAGAAAUGGCAGGUGACUGCUAUCAAUGUGGGGAACAUUAACAAUGACAAGAAAGAUGAGACCUAUCGAUCACUCUUCCAAGAUCUAGAGUUAAAAAAAGAACGGCGUGUAAUCCUUGACUGUGAACGGGAUAAAGUGAACGACAUUGUAGACCAGGUUAUCACCAUUGGAAAACAUGUUAAAGGGUAUCACUACAUCAUUGCAAAUCUGGGAUUUACUGAUGGAGACCUAUUAAAAAUUCAGUUUGGAGGUGCGAAUGUCUCUGGAUUUCAGAUCGUGGACUAUGACGAUUCUCUGGUGUCCAAGUUUAUAGAAAGAUGGUCAACACUGGAAGAAAAAGAAUACCCUGGAGCACACACGACUACAAUUAAGUAUACCUCUGCCCUGACCUAUGAUGCUGUUCAAGUGAUGACUGAAGCAUUCCGCAACCUACGGAAGCAGAGAAUUGAAAUCUCCCGAAGGGGCAAUGCAGGAGACUGCCUGGCCAACCCAGCGGUGCCCUGGGGACAAGGUGUAGAAAUAGAAAGGGCUCUUAAGCAGGUUCAGGUUGAAGGUCUUUCAGGAAAUAUAAAGUUUGACCAAAAUGGAAAAAGAAUAAACUACACAAUUAACAUCAUGGAGCUCAAAACAAAUGGGCCACGGAAGAUUGGGUACUGGAGUGAAGUAGACAAAAUGGUUGUCACCCUUACUGAGCUCCCAUCUGGAAAUGACACUUCUGGACUUGAGAAUAAAACUGUUGUUGUCACCACAAUUUUGGAAUCCCCAUAUGUUAUGAUGAAGAAGAAUCAUGAAAUGCUUGAAGGCAAUGAGCGCUAUGAAGGCUACUGUGUUGACCUGGCUGCAGAAAUCGCCAAACAUUGUGGGUUCAAGUACAAGUUGACCAUUGUUGGGGAUGGCAAGUAUGGGGCCAGGGAUGCAGACACGAAAAUUUGGAAUGGGAUGGUUGGAGAACUUGUUUAUGGGAAAGCUGAUAUUGCAAUUGCUCCAUUAACUAUUACGCUUGUGAGAGAAGAGGUGAUUGACUUCUCCAAGCCCUUCAUGAGCCUUGGGAUAUCUAUCAUGAUCAAGAAGCCACAGAAGUCCAAACCAGGAGUGUUUUCAUUUCUUGAUCCUUUAGCCUAUGAGAUCUGGAUGUGCAUUGUUUUUGCCUACAUUGGGGUCAGUGUAGUUUUAUUCCUGGUCAGCAGAUUUAGCCCCUACGAGUGGCACACUGAGGAGUUUGAAGAUGGAAGAGAAACACAAAGUAGUGAAUCAACUAAUGAAUUUGGGAUUUUUAAUAGUCUCUGGUUUUCCUUGGGUGCCUUUAUGCAGCAAGGAUGCGAUAUUUCGCCAAGAUCCCUCUCUGGGCGCAUUGUUGGAGGUGUGUGGUGGUUCUUUACCCUGAUCAUCAUCUCCUCCUACACGGCUAACUUAGCUGCCUUCCUGACUGUAGAGAGGAUGGUGUCUCCCAUCGAAAGUGCUGAGGACCUUUCUAAGCAAACAGAGAUUGCUUAUGGAACAUUAGACUCUGGCUCCACUAAAGAGUUUUUCAGGAGAUCUAAAAUUGCAGUGUUUGAUAAAAUGUGGACCUACAUGAGGAGUGCAGAGCCUUCUGUGUUCGUGAGGACUACAGCUGAAGGAGUAGCCAGAGUAAGAAAGUCCAAAGGGAAAUACGCCUACCUGCUGGAGUCCACCAUGAAUGAGUACAUCGAGCAGAGGAAGCCUUGUGACACCAUGAAGGUUGGAGGAAACCUGGACUCCAAAGGCUACGGCAUCGCCACACCUAAAGGAUCCUCAUUAAGAACCCCAGUAAAUCUUGCAGUAUUGAAACUCAGUGAGCAAGGCGUCUUAGACAAGCUGAAAAACAAAUGGUGGUACGAUAAAGGUGAAUGUGGAGCCAAGGACUCGGGAAGUAAGGAAAAGACCAGUGCCCUCAGUCUGAGCAACGUUGCUGGAGUAUUCUACAUCCUUGUCGGGGGCCUUGGUUUGGCAAUGCUGGUGGCUUUGAUUGAGUUCUGUUACAAGUCAAGGGCCGAGGCGAAACGAAUGAAGGUGGCAAAGAAUGCACAGAAUAUUAACCCAUCUUCCUCGCAGAAUUCACAGAAUUUUGCAACUUAUAAGGAAGGUUACAACGUAUAUGGCAUCGAGAGUGUUAAGAUUUAGGGGAUGACCUUGAGUGAUGCCAUGAGGAACAAGGCAAGGCUGUCAAUUAUAGGAAGUACUGGAGAAAAUGGACGUGUUGUGACUCCAGAAUUUCCAAAAGCAGUGCAUGCUGUCCCUUACGUGAGUCCUGGCAUGGGAAUGAAUGUCAGUGUGACUGAUCGCUCGUGAUUGAUAAGAACCUUUUGAGUGCCUUACACAAUGGUUUUCUUGUGUGUUUAUUGUCAAAGUGGUAAGAGGCAUCCCAUAUCUUGAAGACUUUUCUUUCAGCCAAGAAUUCUUUAAUUGCGGAGUUCAUCUUGAGUUGUAAGGAAUGAUUAAUUAAAAACGCAGCAUCCUUUUCUACUCGAAUUACAGACAAAGCCUGGUGGACAUGCACAGCUAACAUGGGAGUACUAUUAUUUAACUGAAGUCUUUGUACAGACAACAAACCUGUUUCUGCAGCCACUAUUGUUAGUCUCUUGAUUCAUAAUGACUUAAGCACACUUGACAUCAACUGCAUCAAGAUGUGACAUGUUUUGUAAGAAAAAGAAAAAAAAACAUUUAAAAUUAAAAAAAUAUUUUUAGGUAUUUUCACAAACAAACUGACUUUUAAAUAAAUUUGCUUCCAUAUUGGUUGGAUAAGACUAAAAACAAUUACUGAGUGAGAAGUGAUUGGAAAAAAAGGCUUUAGACAUUAGUUCUGUAUUUUCCAAAGCCAAAUAUGUAAAUGCUAAGGGAAGAAAACCAAGAGAAGAUUCCAGUCUUGUAAUUUAAUAUCGUUAUUAAAACUUUAAUGUAUCCUAUUCUUUAACAUUUGGUGUUAAUAGAAAAUUACUUGCCAAUGCUUGACAUUUGAAAUAAACAUUUUUCUAUUGUUUUAUUUGCAAGUGGUCCAAUUAAUUUUGCUUAGCUACAGUUUGGUCAUAAAUCAAGUGAGUUUAAAGACACUAUUAAGUUACUAGGUUCCCAGAGAAAAUGUCCCCUUUUAAAAAGAUCAGAUGAUUUUUAAAAAUAUAAACUCACCCCCAAAUAAUAUCUGAAUCUGUUAUUCAUGGCUUACUAUAUAUAAUGAAAUUUUUGUUAGUACAAAAGCAUUUAGAUUAUAUAGAUAAAUGCUAAUAGAUUUAAAAAGCUAAUAUUCAAAAAACAAACAUCAGAAUGUGUGAAGUUCCAAAGUGUUUGAGCUUGCAAAAGAGCAGAGCUCAUUGAAAAUGAAGUCAGAAAUGCCUUGAAAGUAACUUUUUAGUUUCCCAUUGACUUAAAUUCUAUAAACUAAAUGUAAGUUUUUAGUUUUAAAAUUAUAAGAGCUGAUGUUUACUUUAUAAACGGUGAAUAUUUUAAACAUUUUUGAGUCACCUGCGAUAUAGUUUCUUUCCGUUCCCACCCAUAAAUUCAAUCCUAAUAUAUUAUUUAUAUUUUUUCCUCAGGUGGAAUUCUUAUUUUAAUAUGCCCAGGGUGGAUAAAAUGUCAGAUAUCUGUAACUUUUGAUUAAAUAGCUUAUAUUUCUCUAGUUGAUAAAUUUAAGGAACCUGUCCCUUCAUAAAAUAACUUUGUUGCUAUUAAAGACCUUCAAAUUAAAUUAAUUUUGGGUUGUAAAUAGUAAUUUACACCUAAGUUACUUUUGAUAUUUGUAUCCUUGGUUUUUUUCUGCAGGUAAACAUUUGUGUAUCACUUGGUCUUCCACCAAGUGUCUUAAGAUAUUCCUGUUAUAUUUUGCAGAAGGGAAGGACACAUGUAAAACUGAACAGUAGCCACUUGCACCCACCAUGGUGGCAGGCGGCAAAUCAUGAUAUUCUUCAAAAAUUUUGCUGUCCCUGAUCAAUUCCCGAGGUAAUACAAAUAAUUUCAGGGUAUUUCUCCUCAUCAAGAAUGCUGGAGGUGCAUUUUAUGUUUUAAUAGUAAAUGCUAGGAUGACCAAAUUGCAGACUAAUGAUUUCCAUAUUGUACUUAAAGUGAGUUUUUAAAAAUGAAAACGUUGACUAUAUACAAUCAAUGUUAUUUAUUGUACCUUUGGGCCUACUCUUCCAAAAAUUGAGCUUACCAAUUUUUCUCUGUCAAGCUUGAACUAAUGUAAAUAAUUGAAAUAAUGUAAAGUUAUAUUUUCAUGUUUUUAUAGAUACAACAUGACAAGAAUACAUAAUGUAAGAGUGUUGCAACUAUGGAUAAUGUUGACUGGAUAAUGCACAUCUCAGUUACAAGCAGUAAUUAUUGUUUAUAUCUAUGUAAUUGUGCGUCAGUAUAUUGCUAUAUAAAUAUGUUUGUGUGCACAUAAGUGAAAAGUGAUCAAAAAAGAGUGAUGACAGCUGUCUAAAGGUUUUUUUAAUUCAUUUUAUAUAAAAACUGUUAUGGAACGACCAAAAUGUUUAUGAACUAUUCUUAUGUGAAUUUACAAUGUCCUCUACUGUACUUUUUGUUUACAGUAUAGUACCUUAUUUUCUGCUGUGUUAAGUGGGGGUCAAGCUCCAAGGAGACAUACACUUUCUACAACUUCUACUGAAGAUAUUGGGACUUCCAAUUUUUCAUGUGUACUAUGUCAGAAAAUGCUUUUGGUUUUAUUUUUAAAUUUAACAUCGGAUGGCUUUUUUGGAGUGUUGUAAAAACUUCAAUCAUACAUAAAACAUGUUCUUACAAAA